CGAACGCGUGAGGUUCGGUUGCAGUGAGUUGUUACCGAGUCGCGGUUUCGGUGCGCCGGGUGCUGCUGCAGUGGCACAAUUUUGGCGUCCAGCGUUUCUUUGUCGCUGGCUAAGAGUCACGUGACCUGCACGCGCUUGUGGACGGUUGGUAAAGAUGGCGGCCGCUGGUCAGAGAAGAAGCGGAGAGGAGAGGUAACGUCUUCCACAUAACCGCCACAGUCAGCGCGCCUGGAAACCGCGCAAGAUGGAUCCAGGACAAGACUUACUUCUUGCAGCCCUUAGUGAAAGUGGAAUCUGCCCAAAUGACCUAUUCGAGUUUGAUUCUCAGGACACUGCCCAGUCCCCUGCAUUACAACAGUCGGUCUCAAAAAAUGUUCUCGACUUUGGCCUGUGCAGCGAACCAACUAGUGUUAUCGGACUUGAACCCACUGUGCCACCUACACCCACCAUCACAAUCAGAAAGCCCCAGCCCUCGACCACAACAUUUGUCCUAAAUCAACUGAACCAGCUGCCAUCAUUGGGAAGCAUUGUCGUCACGAAGCCCUCAGCAGGAACCUCGUCCAGACAGACCAUCACGGUAACCAAAGUGGUCCAGACUCCAGCGUUAGUCCAGCGGAGCCUGUCCUCUUCAUCCGCCACCAGUGUGUGCACUGUGGUCCCACCAAACAAGGACCAGAUUAAACUUAAGGACUUGCUAAGGACUGGCAACUUGAAGACGAACAGCCUGGGUGAGCUCAUGAAGCUGAAACCUCCGCCUGAUAUUGCUCAGCCUGUUGCCACAGCUACUGGAACGACGGAGGUAAACAACGGCAUAAAGAAAGAGGUGUCGAGUAAAGAUGUCGCCAGAAUCUGGGCCAACGAUGAAAUCAAAGUCCGGAGCUUUUCACCUGUAAACAUACCUGCAAUGAAGGAGGAAGACGAACCAGAAGAGGAGGAAGAGGAGGAGUUGGGGCAUGCUGAGACAUACGCUGAAUACAUGCCCAUGAAAUUGAAAAUAGGAGAGCGGCAUCCUGACCCCGUGGUAGAGACCAGCUCCCUCUCGAGUGUCAACCCUCCUAACGUGUGGUACAGGCUUUCCAUCCCGGAAGAGACUAUCGACAGAGGCUGGCUGUCUGCUCUUCAGCUGGAGGCAAUCACAUACGCAUGUCAGCAACAUGAAACAUUCCUUCCAAAUGGAGACAGAGCAGCGUACCUUAUCGGUGAUGGUGCUGGUGUUGGAAAGGGCAGAACCAUUGCUGGCAUUAUUUUUGAAAAUUAUCUUUUGGGCAGGAAAAGAUCUCUCUGGUUCAGUGUCUCAAAUGACCUAAAAUAUGACGCAGAGCGAGACUUAAGGGAUAUUGGUGCAAAGAACAUUCAGGUCUAUUCAUUAAACAAGUUUAAAUAUGGAAAAAUAUCUUCUAAACACAACGGAAGUGUUAAAAAAGGUGUCAUCUUUGCCACGUACUCGUCCUUGAUCGGAGAAAGCCAAAGUGGUGGAAAAUACAAGACAAGAUUUAAACAGUUACUUCAUUGGUGUGGAGAUGACUUUGAUGGUGUGAUCAUUUUUGAUGAAUGUCACAAAGCCAAAAAUGUUUGCCCAAUUGGGUCAUCAAAACCGACCAAGACUGGACUGGCAGUUCUGGAGCUCCAAAACAAGCUUCCAAAAGCAAGAGUUGUGUAUGCCAGUGCUACAGGAGCCUCUGAGCCUCGAAACAUGGCUUACAUGAAUCGUCUUGGGAUCUGGGGGGAAGGAACUCCUUUUAAGGAGUUUACAAAUUUUAUUCAGGCUGUUGAAAGAAGAGGAGUCGGUGCCAUGGAGAUUGUGGCCAUGGAUAUGAAGUUGAGAGGCAUGUACAUUGCUCGACAGCUGAGUUUCCAGGGUGUGACAUUUAAGAUCGAGGAAGUUCCUCUGACACAUGACUACAUCAAGAUGUAUAACAAGUCAGUCCGUCUGUGGGUGAGUGCCAGGGAGAAAUUCCAGCAAGCAGCUAACCUGAUGGAUGCUGAACAGCGCAUGAAAAAAUCGAUGUGGGGACAGUUUUGGUCAGCACACCAGAGGUUCUUCAAGUACCUGUGUAUCGCCUCCAAGGUGCGACGAGUGGUGCAGCUGGCCCGAGAGGAGGUCAAGAACGGAAAGUGUGUGGUCAUUGGCCUGCAGUCAACAGGUGAAGCACGAACGCUUGAAGCCUUAGAGGAAGGAGGAGGCGAGCUUAACGACUUUGUUUCGACUGCAAAGGGUGUGCUCCAGUCACUGAUAGAGAAGCACUUCCCUGCUCCAGACAGACAGAAGCUCUAUAGCUUGCUGGGUAUUGAUCUGUCUGCAAAGAAAACACCUUCACCAGCAGAAACCAAAGAGGAGCAGAAGGGCAAAAAGCGCAAAGGUGCAGAGGUUAAAAAGCAAGUAAAGAAGGCCCGUAAAUCUGGAGGGCUUUCUGGAAGCAGCUCGGAGAGCAACUCCGAAGAUUCAGACAAAGAUCGUGACAGUGACGACAGCUUCAAUUCAGUCAGCUCAGGAGAUGAAGACGACUUCAAUCCCUUUAAGGAUGAUUCCAGUGAGGAUGAGGAAGAUGAUCCUUGGUUAUUCCGUAAAGACACUAAAAAGGGCAAAGAUAAAAAGAACAAGAAGAAGAAAAAGACCAUAGACCCAGACUCCAUUCAAAGUGCCUUGUUAGCCUCUGGGCUUGGUUCAACCAGGCCUACCUUCACAACAACACCUGUUGUAAAACCAACGUCCAACAACACACUGGUUCCAGCUAAAAGUCAGCCUGAAGAGAGUAGCUGUGUGACCAGUAACGAUGCAGUAGAAGAUGCCCAGCAGAUGAAGAGGGUUCUGCUGGAGCAGUUAGAGAAACUGGCUCAGGAUCUGCCUCCUAACACACUGGAUGAACUCAUUGAUGAGCUAGGCGGUCCUGAAAACGUAGCAGAGAUGACCGGGCGCAAGGGCAGAGUGGUGAGUAACGACGAUGGCAGUAUCUCCUACGAAUCCAGAUCAGAACUGGACGUUCCUGUAGAAAUCCUGAACCUCACCGAAAAGCAGAGAUUCAUGGAUGGAGAGAAGAAUAUUUCCAUAAUCUCUGAGGCAGCCAGCUCUGGUAUAUCACUUCAAGCAGACCGUCGAGUGAAGAACCAGAGGAGAAGGGUACACAUGACUUUAGAGCUGCCCUGGAGUGCAGACAGAGCUAUUCAGCAGUUCGGUAGAACACACAGAUCGAACCAGGUCACUGCCCCCGAGUACGUCUUCCUCAUCUCUGAACUUGCUGGAGAACAAAGAUUUGCCUCCAUUGUCGCCAAACGACUAGAGAGCUUGGGUGCUCUUACUCACGGUGACCGAAGAGCCACAGAAACGAGAGACCUCAGCCGGUUCAACUUUGACAACAAGUAUGGCCGAAAUGCUCUCGAGAUUGUUAUGAAGUCCAUUGUCAAUUUGGAUUCUCCCUUGGUCAACCCACCAUCCGGCUUCCAAGGUGAUUUCUUUAAAGAAAUCCGGAGUGGUUUAAUUGGGGUGGGAUUGAUUAAUGUGGAGGAUAGGUCUGGUGUUCUCUCUCUAGAUAAAGAUUACAACAAUAUUGGAAAAUUCCUGAAUCGAAUUCUUGGUAUGGAGGUCCAGCAGCAGAAUGCCCUCUUCCAGUAUUUCUCAGACACCUUAAAUGCUGUCAUUCAGAAUGCCAAAAGGAAUGGCAGAUACGACAUGGGAAUUUUAGAUUUGGGCUCUGGAGAUGAGAAAGUUAAAAAGAUGAACGUGAAGAAGUUUUUGACACCAGGGUACUCCACAUCAGGACAUGUUGAGCUUUAUACGGUGAGUGUAGAAAGGGGAAUGUCUUGGGAAGAUGCCACGCAUGUGUGGGCAGAUCAGAACGGCCCAGACGACGGCUUCUAUGUGCAGAUACGGAAUAACAAGAAAAUAGCCAUCUUGGUCAAGGAGGUCAACACUAAAAAGAGACUCUUCAUGGUGUACAGACCAAAUACAGGAAAACAGCUCAAACUGGAGACAUACGUAGACAUUCGGAAGAGAUGCAAAAAGGUUCUUUCCGAUGAUGCCAAGCAGUGCUGGACUGAUCAGUAUAGAUCUUCAGCGGAGGUGUGCUCUCAUGCUUAUUGGCGUGGCAACUGUAAGAAAGCUUCAGUAGGGCUGCAGUGUGAGAUAGGGUUGCGGUGCCGGACAUACUACGUCCUGUGUGGCUCUGUUCUCAGCGUGUGGACCAAAGUAGAAGGCGUCUUGGCUUCCGUCAGCGGGAGCAACAUGAAGAUGCAGAUUGUCCGUUUAAGGACUGAGGACGGACAACGAAUAGUAGGCCUAAUCAUUCCAGCGAACUGUGUGGCUCCCCUCACCAACAUCCUGUCCUCGUCAGAUCAGUCGCAGCAGCUGGCUGUGCAACAGCAACAGAUGUGGCAGCAGCUGCACCCACAGAGCAUCAGCCACUCGGUCAACACAUAGCGAGACCUGCUCAGCCCAGAGCAAACACAGGGACCCCAGGACUGCAUCCCGAACCGGCCUCCCCCUCCUUGCUGACACGCUGCGAGGAAUAACGCUCUCGCUUGAAGAGGCACGCUGGACUACUGACUGGACACUGGAAAGCCUACUGGGUUUCAGGCAGAGCUGUGAGGAUGCAUUGGGACAAGGAAAAUGAUAGUUCAGGCUGCUCGUGUAUAUGUUUGUUUGUUUUUUUUCAUAUUUUUUUUUUUUCAAGGCUUUCUAUCGUAAGCCUAUCUGCCUGCGCUCACCACUAAUAACAUAUUGUUUAAAGCUUGGCCAGAAAGCUAUGUGGUGUUUUUUUCCUUUCUUUUCUGGCGCAGGUUGGCGCUCAGGGGUUCAGCUUUACAUCAGUGUUACAUCUCUCCAAACGUGCAUGCUUCGCCUCGUGUUUGAGAAGCCCCGUCCACUCAAAGCACACAGAAGCAUUUUUUUUUUGGGCAUCAGUACUCACUUUGUAGUCGUUUUGAAGCUGGACUACAGAUGCUGAUGGAUGAGGUUGUAGGUGACCUGUUUAGCUUCGAGUUCAUUGCAAAUAUUUUGUCAGUUUAGGAUACGUUGUUCAGUGGUGUCUGGUUCACUGCUUGAUAAAAUCCUAGGUCUGUUUCUGCACUGUAAUGCUGCAUUUAAAUCAUAUGACAUAAGCCUUAAUUGCCAACUUCCGGCACUGGGGAAAUUGUUGCUGACUUGGACACAACCCAGCGGUAAGGCAGAUGACCGCUUUUGUUUAUACACUAAUCAGCCGUAACAUAAAAACCACCUCCUUGUUUCUACACUCACUGUCUAUUUUAUCAGCUCCACUUACCAUAUAGAAGCACUUUGUAGUUCUCUACAUACCUUUUGGUUCCACCUCAUCUAUUGAUGCUGUUUGAGUCAGUCAUCUUCUAGACCUUCAUCAGUGGUCACAGGACGCUGCCCACGGGGCGCUGUUGGCUGGAUAUUUUUGGUUAGUGGACUAUUCUCAGUCCAGCAGUGACAGUGAGGUGUUUUAAAACUACCAGCACAACACACACUAACACACCACCACCAGGCCAGUGUCACUGCAGUGCUGAGAAUGACCCACCACCCAAAUAAUACCUACUCUGUAGUGGUCCUGUGGAGGUCCUGACCAUUGAAGAACAGCAUGAAAGGGGGCUAACAAAGCAUGCAGAGAAACAGAUGGACUACAGUCAGUAGUUGUAGAACUACAAAGUGCUUCUAUAUGGUAAGUGGAGCUGAUAAAAUGGACAGCGAGUGUAGAAACGAGGUGGUUUAAAUGUUAUGGCUAAUCAGUGUAUAUGCUAAUUUCAAACGAAAUCUUCUGAAAUGUUCUGUUGAAGCUUAAGAUAAACGUUCCAAAUAAACAGCUGUAUACCAAGCUCUCAGUUCUCAGAAUAAGGGCUUCUUGGACUGUCAUUAAUCAUCUAAAAUGCCUACGAUGUUAAAUCGAUGUACGGUCAGAUUGCAUGAUUGUUUCUGUAUUGGCGUCACUCGAUUUAAAGAUGAAUCUGGACAUGUGAUGGGUGCUGACACUGCUGGCACUAUAGUUUUUUUUUUUUCCUUUAGAAGUUAUAACCUUAACCAGAGAUAUUUACUGUAGCUUUAAUGUCAAAUUUAUAAAAUACAUAAAUAAAAAAACUUCCAUUUUUACCUAAUAAGUAAAACGGAAAUGCGGUAACUUGUCCAAGUUGGAGUCGUCUACAAAAAUUUGCUCCAUGACAAUUUUUUGCAGCAGUCAAAUUUAGUAAAAAGCUCUGAUGCAAACGUGAUGUAAAAAAAAAAAUAGACUAUCUUUAUCGAGCAGUGCUCUCCUAGGGAAAGUGCUUGUUCAGUAAUGUGCGAUAUAAACAGUAUAGUCCUAUCCCAUACAGACUUUUGGACGUCUGUAGUAUAAAGAACUGUGAUACUGCAUGGUUUAAUAGUUAAUUGGCUUUAUAUUUUGUGUUUUAAGAAAGACGUCUGGUCAUUUUGCUGCUUAGUUUCUGUGUGUAUUUAAAGAAGGAUGAGCUUGCAGAUUGAACAUGGCUCAGUUUUGAACUGGAAUGUCCUUCAGAGAACCACAUCGACAUUGUCCGUCUUUUAAUUACAGCUGUCCGGUCUCUUGUUUUUAAUUUUCACCAUUGCAAAUGUUUAAUGGACUCGAUUCGAUAGACUUGAGGCUUUUUCUUUUUCUUGUUUGCUGUUCAACAGGUGGAAAUGCUAGGUUCAUUUAUUACAAUGUCCGUGUAUAUCUGAAGUUUUGCUUAUGCUAUAGAUGUUCACAGUUUAGAGACGAUGUUAUUUCAUCCUUGCACGGGUUGCACUACUGACUGAUCUAUUGUACAGUACAAAAAUCUACAAAAAUCCUUUAAAUGUAGAACUGAGUGCAAGAUCUCUACCUCUUGCAUAUGACCAAUAAAUCUUGUGGUAAUCUUGAA